CAGGUGAUGAUGGGGAAGACAUGGGUCUAAGCCUUGGAAUAUACCAAUCUGUGCUAUCCUUUUUUGAAUGAUUCAUGUCAAUCAUCAAUACUAAUUCAGCAACAUGGAGACCAAGUACAAAAUGGAUGAAAUUGGUUCUUCGAUAUCCAGUCUGUGUUCCAUGCUAGAGACAGCAGAUCAUGCCUCUAUAGUAUUAUCCUUGGAUCCAAAAAAUCAGAAAAUUUACCAUUGUAGUAGUGGUGUUGGCAGGAACUUUCUCUUAGUGAACAGGAAUACAGUGAAAAGUUUCAUCAGUUUCUGUACAGAUACAUAUGCAGCAGAUAAAAUAGUUUAUGAAGAAAACCAAGAAGAAGAUACAAGUAGAUUGGUUAUUAACGAUAUAGAAACGUUUUUACACGGAAAUUUGGAGGACACUGAUAGAGAAUGCAAAAAUAACAAGAUAAGUUCUGAAGCCGACAAUGUGUCUGAUUUUGAUCCCAGUGAAACAUUUGAAGAUGAACAAGAUUCUUCAAGUACAGAGCAGCUUUCCAAGGAAGAGAAUUCUAAUAACAAAGCACCAAUGUGUAAUAAUAUCCCAGAAAAAUCUAAAGAUAAGGUAAUAAGUGUAAAGAAUGAUGUCUGCAGCCCCAGGUCUUUGGACGUCAAAAAAGGGGUUCAGAAUAACAGUAAGGAGAGAUCAGGGGGUUUACAGGAUACAGAAAAGAAUGAUGACGUCAGAAUUGUACUACGAUCAGAGUUAAAAAGGAAAGGGAAGAAUCUUAGAAGAUCUGGUCAGAAAGGGAGUAAAUAUGACAAAAUUAUUCAGGGAGAUGAAAUAAAUAAUCAGAAUAAACAAACAAGAGAAAAAUUAGGAAGGAGGGCUGAAUUAGUUGAAAAGAGGAGAAAAAGGGAAAAUGCUACUGAAGAGAAUGAGGAAUGUGGAAAUGGGAAAACUGAAGAGAAAGGAAAGUUAUCGGGACAUAACUGUCUGUUUUGUGACAAACAACUUAAGAGUAGAAAAACCUUGAUGAGACAUGUUGUCAUCCAUGCAGGGAAGAAACUUCGAUGUAAAAUUUGUGACAUUGUAUGUAAUAAGCGAGAUAUACUACAGAAGCAUAUUAGUGUUCAUGAUUUUCAGUCCAGAAAACCUGCUUUGGAAACCAGAAGAAAAAGUUCUUCAAAACCUGAAUGUAGUAUUAAUACAAAGAAUGAUAUGAAUGUGGAAAAUGGGAUAAAUGAAGUUGAAAGUAGAACUUGUAAACUUUGUCAGGUUCAAUUCAGUUCAGUUUUUUCCCUUAAGAGACAUAUGAAAUGUCAUGAAAAUUUAAAAAUAUUCAAAUGUUAUGUGUGUUCCGAGAAUUUUCGUACUGAAAAGGAGUUGUCUGCCCAUACAGCUAUUCAUAAGGUAUCUCUGGUCUACUCAUGUGGGACUUGCAGACAUGGAUUCGAUUCAGAGGAGGCUUUACAAUAUCAUAAAGAAAAGAACAGCUGCAGUGCCCCAGAGGUACCCGAGGAGACUAGCUUUAACUGUUCGAUUUGUGAUAAAGUGUUUGCCUACCAGAAAAAUUUCGAAAAGCAUUUGGAAAUGCAUAAAAACAAUCAAGUUUCUUGUUCCAACAAGGAAUUGACAGUUUCAGAAAAUAUGGCUGAAAUCAGUGUGGAACAUAGUGGAAUGAGUGUUCCGAGUAGUGAGCUGAGCGAGUUAUCCUUACAUUAUGUUCAACAAGACAUGGAAACAGGCUCUUCUCGUUUUGAGUGCACAAACGUGGAACAAGAAAGUGCUUCUAAAAUUAAUACAUCAUCUGACAUUCCCACCUCUGCAUCACAGAGUGACAAGAGUUCAAAUGAUCUUGCAUGUAAUUUAUGUGGACAAAUAUUCAAGAAGGCAAUGGCCUUGUAUCGUCACAAAAUGGAACACGAUGACACAGGGAUGUUUCCAUGUAGGUUUUGUAACUUUGUCACCAAUUCAAAAGACAGUCUAACCAGACACGCCAAAAAACACCUGGCACAGCUUCCACAUAUCUGUGAUAUCUGUGGCAAAGGUUUUACCGAAAAGUGUCAUUUAACUUUUCAUAUGAACUCUCAUUCCAAUGACAGGCACUACCUGUGUGACGAUUGCGGAAAAUCCUUUCGUGCUCGGCAGUCCCUGGCUGCUCACAAGCGGUCACAUUUGGGAGCCAGGCCCUUUAAAUGCAAGUACUGUGAUCUGGCUUUCAUAACAGGAAGUGGGAAGAAAGAACACGAGAAAAUCCACCUGAAUAAAAAGACCUAUAUGUGUGAUUCAUGUGGGAUGUCCUUCAAUCAGAGGUGUGGUUUAUACACCCAUAAACUCACCCACCAUAAUGACAAACCAGCAAAGAUCUGCCCAGAGUGUGGAAGGGCAUUCAAAACUGAACAUUACCUUAGAUCCCACUUUGUCUCUAGGCAUCUUAAACUGGAGGAUGUGAACAGUUAUGGCUUUAAAGUCUAUACAUGUGAAGUUUGCCAAAAAUUAUUCUCAGACAAGAGUGACUUGAAAAGUCACAUGAAUAAACAUACAGGAGAGAAACCAUUCAAGUGUGCCUACUGCAAUAAAGGAUUCUCCGAUAGGAGUAACAUGAGGGCCCACCAGAGAAUUCACCAGGAAGUGAGGCCCCAUCUGUGCAAUAUCUGUGGGAAAGGCUUUAUUUUCAAUAGGGACCUCAAGAAGCACCUCAGAUCCCACUCACCUCAAGCAGAUGACACAGACAGAUUGCAGGAAUCGGCAGCUGCUGUGGAAUUUUUGAGGUCCUCUCUAAAUACAGAUGAUGCAGAGACAGUUGAAGUACAGAAUACCAAUACUAUUGGGGAGUUUGAAGUCCAUGCCAAUAUUUCUCAAGAUUAUAUGUAUAAAUGAUUUUUUUUAAAUCUGACACAAAGUUGACAAGUGGAUGUUGUUGAUAUUUAUAUCUUUGGCCAUCCACCAUUUUUUAAUAAGAAACUGUGAUCCUGAUAAAAGGAAAUAUUAUAUUUUUCUAACAGCAAAAAGUUUUGAAUUUUCUAUUUACAUGUUCAAAUACUUUAGUUUUUAUGGUAUGUGAAUUAGAAUAAAAUUGUUUCUUCUUGAU